AAAUGGUCGGACCCUUCAUGCAGGGUGUGCUCCUCAUGGGCAUUAUCUAUUGGUACACCAAGGGUAUGCUCUCGCUGAUCAACGACUAUUAUCGCAACGAAAUUCUACGUAAGAUACAAACCAACGAACCGUUGAAUGAAUCGGGCGAUUUUAUUAAUGUCGAUCAAAUAGUAGAACAUCAUUUGGCGCAGAUCAACGGUGGGGAGCAACAACAAGGUUUUGAGCAAAUAACAAAAGAGUUGAGAAUUAAUAAUACUAGUGAUGUAGAAAUGCAAAAGCAAGAAACAAAAUACAAAUACGUGGACAUUAAAGGCGUCUGCUUACGUGAGCAACGUCUGCAAGAGUUCUUUAGAUUAGUGAAAGCAAAAAAAAACAUUUGUUGGUUAAAUGAGACGAUUUGGGCGACGGCAAUAUGAGCUACCACAAUAUAAACAUGGAAAUAUAUUAUAUAUACUAUACACAUACAUAUACUUAAAGACGCCUAAAUGUUGGCUUAUAUAAAUGUCUAUUAAAGAAUGUGUUUAAAAAUAUUGCAGGAAAAUAAUCAAACUUAAAAAUGCUUAUAUACAAGCAAUUACAUAUAUAUAUUCAACUAUAUUAUAUAUUUACUCAAACAAAUUUAUUCACUCUAUCUAACUAUGUAUAACGGUAUUUCGAAUGCCAUAUGUACAAUGCGCGUAAUGCGAAAAGAUCGCAAUUAAAUGCUUAGGCAUCUUCUCCAAUACAUAUGUACGCUUUAUACCCUACUCAAUAUAAUCGAUAAUCUAUUCUUAUUGCUUAUUACACAAUAUUUGAUUUUAUUGACAUUAAAGCUUACAAUUUAUCAUGAAUAAUACAUGGAUAUGAAUCAACUUUGCUAAGAACUCAAAUGAUGUUUACGAAUAUACGUAUAAAUAAAUAUAUAAAAAUACAAAAAAUAUAAAGAAAAUAUUAAAUAAAAAAUGAAUUACAGUUACUCAUAUAUGUUAUAGUAGUUUAGAUCUGUGAGCUUGGUAUGCAUAACUAAAUCACGAGAGCAGCUUGAAUAAAAUCUCAGUAUCCUGUGCAUCGUUCUACGCAAAAA